CGUAAUGACGUCAUCGACCUGCGUCCCGGCCGGACUGAGCAUUUUUGGACAGGAUUAACGGCGAUGAUUGUGUUUUAAAGUGUCCCGUUUCACGCUAAGAGGGGACAAGUAACAAAACUCGGGAAGUGCGUGCGUGGGUGACGCGUGGAGUUAGUUGACGGAAUCUGCAGUGGUUGUGAGUCAGGGCCUUUUGCUCUUUUGCAGUCUUGCAGCUGUCAUCGUCUUAAAUAAUGGAGGAGCCCCAUGCUCACUGCAUUUCCUGUAUAAGCAGGCGAUGUAUGGUAAAGCCUGAACCUGGCAUUUCCUGUGACCUCAUCACCUGCCCUUUUGUAUGCGGUGCAAUUUUCCACAGCUGCAAGGUUGUCGAACACAAGCUCCUGUGCCCGCUUGAGAGGGUGCCAUGUCUUAACCACAGCAUAGGAUGUCCUUUUACUCUGACCCGUGGCCAGAUGGCACAACACCUUGAGGUGUGCCCUGCAGGUGUGGUGUGCUGCACCAUGGAGUGGAAUAGGUGGCCGGUGAAUGACGAGGAUUAUCGUUCGUAUGAACGACUGAGUCAGGAAGCAGACGAGGUGGAGCAGCUUGACAUGGCACUCGCCCUUCAGGACCAGCGCACCAUGUUAGCGUCACUCAAACUCGUGUCUCUGGCACCCACUGCUGGCUCGGAGAAAAAGACUCUGACUACAGGGCAAAGUGCAAAGUCUGCCGCAGUUGUGCCGGCUCCAUCGGAGCAAGCAGAGACUGUUGAGAGAGAUCCUACAGCAGGCUGCUCAAAAGACAAGAUUACCAAUGGGAUUAAUGGCCUACAUGAAGAACAUUACGGUGAACUUUACCAAACCACAGUAGAGACGACUAAAAGCCUGGCUGCAGCUCUUAACGUCCUGAUCCACCUUAAUUCCUCAGACACGGACUGUACAACCGCUAACCUGCCAGCAUCACUUUCAGAGCGCAAUGGGGAACUGAAUGAAACGAUGAAAGAAGACACCAGAUUCAAAUGUGAUAAAAUAGCCAAUGGGGUCAGUGGCUUAAAUGAGGUUUUGCAGCCUGCCCAGCACCAAACACUGAUGGAGCUUGGCAGGAACCUGGCCUCUGCCCUCGGUGUACUAGGAGAUGCUGUAAAAGGUUCUGAACCGAUGAAUGUCUCUGCAGUUGAUGAGAAUGGCGAACUCACCCAUUCAAAACCUUCAGAGUCUACAGAUAUUGACAUGAAAGAUGUUUCGUCUGAGGUUGAGGGUGAUCUUGGGGCUGUGGGGGGUAUCGAUGGUGACCAAACAGCCUUAGGUGUCACUGUUAAGUGUCCAGACAUAUUAAGUGACAUGGAUAUCCAAUGUUUCUGUAAUGGCUCUCAUAGUAUUGUGGACUGUAAAGACGAGACAAUCUGUCACAUUAUGGAAUCGACCACAGAACACGAUCAAAGUCCAGAAUGGUUUGGUCCUUUAAUUCCCCAUAGACCAGAAGUAAGACAUGACCCUUUGUUGAUGCAGGAGGCAUCAGAAUCUCUGCAGCAGCCUAUAGAUGCACAGACUCUGACUGUCCAGAGGAACAGUGCACUGCCUGCGAUGGCAUUAGACUUUGAAGACAGGGCUUUUGAGAGGAAACUCCAAAACCUUCAGUUGCUCAGAAAUUUUAUGCCACUUGCACUUAAUAGACAAAAAGGGUCAUUUACAGAUGGCUUCCCCCAUAGACAUUCACAGUGCAAAAUGGAGGACAAAGCUGUGGACACCUCAGAUUUAGAUCAGGAGCCUCAGGAUGACCCCAUGGGCCUUGGCGAAAUCGACUUCACAGCAGCUGCUCUGCUUUUCUGCUUGGAGGAGUCACCACGAGCUAGGAGAAUAUCAGACGCUGUGUACGGGCUCUGCGGCACACGGGUCGACUUCGGCACCCAAACCUUUAGUUUCCCCGCUGCCAUCCUGGCAACGAGUACGAUGGUUGGAGAGGUUGCAUCCGCCUCGGCUUGCGAUCGUGCUGCGCCCCGCCUUUCGCAGCCAAGUCCAUUUUGUACUCUGCGGCUUGAUCUGACGCUGGAGCAGCUUGUGCCACGACCGAGCUGGGCUCCACGUGAGGGCUCCAUGUUUACCUUUGAGUGCGGUCAGCUUUUCCGUCGAGAGGAAUUCCUCUCGCAUUUCCGGAACGUUCACGGAGAUAUCCAUUCUGGGCUCAACGGCUGGAUGGAGCAUCGCUGUCCAUUAGCGUAUUAUGGCUGUACGUACUCCCAACGCAGAUUAUGCCCAUCCAGUCAAGGUUCAAAGGUUGUUCAUGACCGCCACCUUAGGUCGUUUGGUGUGCAACCUCCAUCGGAAACUCUCACGGAACCUAAGUGCGAUCACCUGAGCGGAUUACCGUUUGAAGUACUUCAACAUGUAGCACGAUUUCUGGAUGGCUUUAGCCUGUGUCAGCUAUCAAUGGUGUCACGUAUAAUGAGGGACGUGUGUGCCAGUUUGCUGCAAACACGUGGCAUGGUUGUGGUACAGUGGGAGAGGAAGCAGUAUUCAGACGGAAGACGUUCUUGGCAGAUCAAAGAUAAGGUUUGGCGUUUUAGCACGGCCUUUAGUCCGGUUAACAGAUGGGAGUUUGCGGACAUCACUUGCAUGGGAGACCACCUGAAACAUUGUCCAUACAAUGAAGUUCUUCAACAAGUAGAAGCGGUUCCGCUUCCCUGCAUGUGCACAACCAGAGAGCUAACGCGAGACGGCAGAUCCCUACGAUCUGUUCUCAAACCAGUGUCGUAACACAAUGAAACUUUCAAAACGUAACUAAACGCUACAUUAUCUAACCUCUUUAAUCUCCCAUAUACUAUAUCUGUGUAAAUAAAAAGAAGACCGAAUAUGUUUUUUAUGUUAAGAUUAUUUUUUUAUUAAUAUAUCAAAGAUGAAAGUUCUGAUGGUUCAUUCACUAAAAAUGUUCUGCGUCCACUGACGCACACCUAUGCUUUAGUAUCAAGACCGAGGACAGAUGCAAGUCAUUGUUGGUGAAACAAAGCUUCGGUAGGAUUGAAAGGGCCUCAAUCUGUCCAAUAGCACUUGAUUUAUUUGUCUUGACACAGCAAGAUAAUCUUUCUCAGAAAAUCAGCUGAUUCUUUUUAGUACAUAUCCACACUAUAAUAUUUGCAUGGUUUGGUUAAGAUACCCCUGAUUGAUUUAAAAAAGGAUACUUGCCUAAAUUGACUCUUGAUCAGUUUAUGGUGAUUGACAUCACACUGAUCCUGGGACAGCUGCCUAAGAUCUUUAUUUUAUGAUCCUGGGUCAAAAAAGCCUUUUAUUGUCUGGUUUUAUCAUAUUUUUGUCAUUUACAACAUAUUUAUAAUCAUCACUAAGGAGAAACAUAUCAUCUGUUUUGUCUUUCUGCUAUCUAAUUGCCAAUUCUAAAAGCAUCCAGAAAUGGCACAAAUAAACCUUAUUCAGAGAAGAUUGCCUAUUUGACACAAAUAAAAACAAGUAAGGGAUGGAAGAACAAUGGGGGUAACUUAAAAAGGUUUAUGGUUAGGGUAAGUGGGUACCUACAGUCUGUAUGGUGGUGUACGUUAAUGAAAAAAUUGAGCAGACAAAAGGUUUUUCUUCGUGGAAACAAUCAUUUGAUGUGAUUCAUGUGUACCAUAUAGUUUUGUUUUUAUUUUUGUCACAACUUGAAAUCACAUUUGACUUGUUUUACCAUCACUCAACAUCAGUAUGUCAGGUUAGCAUGCCGGCCGUCUCUCAACAUUUACAGUUGAUAUUUGCACUUUACUGAUAUUUGCCUUUCUCAGCACUCUGGCCCACUGUGUCAUCAUGUAUCCUGGGAAAAGAGACACUCCGCUAUUGUGCUUCCUACUCUUGAGUAACAUUACAUUUGAGAAGCACUGUAAAACGCUGGAAGCUGUGUCUUAUCACUUAUAACGUUGCAUAUAUAUGUGUGCAAAUUUGUGUUAUGUUUGCAAAUGAAUGGACUAACCAGAAAAUAGUGUUAGAUUAUACUUUUGCCUCUACCGGGUUUAAGUAAAGCUAUGCAGUGUUUGUAAUAGGAAGCUGUUUUAGGCUUCUCAACUUGUGUGUCACCCAAAAUCGUGUGUUCAUGUCUAUGUAAUCAUCAUUUAUGUAAUGCAGCCCACAAAUCAUGUUACUGAGUCCAUGCUAGAGAAAGCAUGUCGUCUAAAGUAUAACAUUGACUAUUGAGGAUCUAAGCAUAAAGAAAUUACCAGUAGGGUGGAGAUGCAUGUGGUUUUUGACUUUGAUGAAUUAAAAAACAUAUUUUAUUACCUUU